GUCCGUUACCCAACGUACGUUCUUAGCACAUAAUAUAUACAGUCACUCCCACCACCUAAAAUACUCUAGGCGAGGUGAUGUCGAUGGACCGGGGAUUUCAGAAGUGGCUGGCUAAGCGUGGCAUACAGCCAGGAACCAUCGCUAUUCUACAGAAAGAGAGCAUCCUCCACGAGAACACGCUCAAACUGCUCAGGCAAGCAGACCUCGAGCUCCUACGGACGAAACACGACAUCACCAUGGGCCAGUUUGCGCUACUGAGGACCGCACACGGGGACUUGCUCGGGACGGACGAAGACGGGACGGACGAAGACGGGUUCGAGAUGAUAGGUAUGGAGGAUGUCCCGGCAGAGCUGGGAGGAGGUGGCGGAGACCAGCAGCAGGCCCCGGCUGGUCGGAGCAGGAAGAACAGCAGGGGAGAGAAAUGCAAAGCACACGACAAGCGACAGCAGAGUACAAAGGAUUUACUGAGUGAUAACCUGGAGAAGGUAGCCUACAGAGAGAUGAGACUACAGAGUGCUGCAGAGACGGCCGAGCAUGUGGUGUCAUCAGCUGAAGAGUUCAACAGACUGGCCUCCAUGCUGGGUGAGAAAAAGAGGAGAGAGUCUGGCAAAGGAUUCUUUCGUCCCGGCCAACGGACUUCCUCGUCAUCAUCAUCAGUGGACACGGGAUCCAGAACAUCCGGCAAGAGGCCCUCCUCUACUCUCCCUCCUGACACAUACGACCAUCUAGAUGCCCUCUCCCCUCCCCCUCCCCAACCGUCGCACCCAGCCGGGAAGAACCACGUCCAGCUUGAACCUGGUAGUGACGACGUGAGUGGGUCUUCAGGCGCCAGGAAAAGACGUGGGAAAGACGGUCGAAACGGUUACCGUCAACCUCACCAGAACAGUACUGCAGCUGAUGCUGAUAGAGAAGAUCACGACGGCACAACAAACUGCUGUCCUAUACUAUAGUCCUGCAUCAUGUUUUGUAUUAUGUGUGUGGGUGCGUUAUUAUAAUGGCCAGUUGAUGUGUGGUUCUCUUUCCUCGCCUGACGUCUGAUGACCUCGAGCUAGUAUUAUGAUGCCACUUGCUAGUAAUGCUACUCACGUAUAUAACUAGAGUUUGUAGUCUCACGCACUUUGAACAGUAGCUACCACAGUGUGAGUAGCUAGCUAUAUAUAGAUAUAGGAAGUUGAUGCAGCACUGCUGAGGCAGGCACUAUAUGGAAUACGGACACUGAACAACAAUGGAAGCAACCUGUUGACUUCUAGGAGCCACAGAUAAACCUAAUGGCAUACAACGGUAGUGGUGACAUCACUAUUGAUCGUUUAAGGACCCAGCUACAUGAGGUGAAGCAGCAGGUAGCAGAGAAUGUGGCCAAGGUAGUAGAGAGAGGAGAGAACAUUGACACACUGGGGGAGAGAGCAGAGUUGCUAAAAGUGACGGCUACAUUUAAAUCCGUAAAGACCAAGAAAAAGAAAAAGUCAUCAUUUAGCCAGUGUUGCAGAUGCUAUAAAUGUUGUUGUUCCUGCUGUACCGUUCUCUAAUGGCAUUUUGUUGCAAGUGCCUUGUUGCGAACAGGAGCCAGCGCCUACUUCGAUUGCUCGGCCAUCACCGACGAAAACAUGGAGGCGGUCUUCGGCGUAGCGGCGGAAUGCGUCUACCCCAAGAGAAAAAAUACGACUGUGAACAAAGAAAGACUCCACCCUCAAACUUCGCAAUGAUAGGACAAUGCGAUGAUGGUCAGCUACAUCUUCAGCAACAAACUCUGCUGGGACCUCUCCACUAAGCAGCUAUACAAUCUGGCCAGAGACCUCUUCUUUCUUGCUUGUGUAAAUUUUCCUCCAAAGCCCUAUAAUUAUUGUCGCGAAGCAUGAGUGUGCUCCCUCAUACAAUGACUCAUUUCCUAAGCGGGUAAUGCACAGUUGUUGUUCUAAACAUAUUCAUGUUGUUAGUGAAAGUGGUGACAAUGUCAGUUUGAAGAUGUAACCCAUCAUCCCGUUGUACUAGUAAUCGAUCACAUGUCAUCCCUGUCUUGUCUUUUAGCUUUUUAUGGCAUCCUAUAUUCCACACAUUUUAGUUUUUUAUUACCGCUUUUUCUCCACUGCACUUGCUUAUAAUAUGGA